AGUUAAUAAACGAACGGGUUUAGGGUACAGACUGCUCGGUGCUGGUCCUUCAGUACUUUGUAUUGAGAGUUUCAGUGACCACUCCCGCUGCCUGUCGGGGUGGGUGUGCCGCCGGCCCAGCUCUUCCUUACCUCAGCCGCGUGGGAGCCAAGCUUGGGUGGCCCCGCCUCCUGGUUCCGCUGGGAGGCAGGCCGAGCCAGCGUCUGCAACUCAUUGGGUCGAAGAGAUGGAUGACAGAUUCCAAGCCAAUGGGAGGGAGGGCUGCCGAGGCAGCUUCCGGUGGGGUCGCAGAGUGGCGCGGUGGGAGGUGUGAGGGGUGGCUGUUCGCUGUCGCUUUGCCUUGACUCUCCAGGGAGUGUUGUCCCACCGGCGUCUCACCCGAGCGCCGCGGACCCACGCCCGCCGGAGGGUCGUACACUGGGCACCCGGGGCCGCAGUGGUACUGCCUCCGCCUCGGCACCAGCUCCACGGAACCUGGACUGGACCGGCCGCUGCGAAGACCGCCAGUACCGCGGCGAGGCCGCUGGCGGCCGGCAGAGGGCGCUGCGAGGGCAUGGCCGAGGAGCGCCGCGGGUCCUGGUUCGGCUUCGGUUUCUGCGGCUUCGGGCAGGCGCUGGGCUCGGGCCGCGGGCGGCAGGUGCACAGCCCCGAGCCACUGCGCGCUCCGGGCACAGACGCAGACGUCUGCGGCGUGAGCGCCAGCUGGAGCUACACCGCGUUCUUGAGCCGUGCAGGCCAGGUGCAGCUGUCCGGCUCGGCCCGUGGCGCGGCGGAGGGCUGUCGGGACGCCUGGGCCUCAGAGACGCUACUCGUGGUGCUGCGCGACGGGCGGGGACCUGGGUCUGGGGCUGAGCUGCAGGCCUGGGCGCCCGGCUCGGCGCUGUGUGGGGAGCCCCUCUGGGCCCAGACCGUGGUGCUGGAGGCUCAGCGGGAAGACGGGGAAGACGGAGAGGGCGACGGUACCCGGGCCCGGCCUCUGCCGCUGCUGCCCGGCGCCCGCGCCUACGUGAGCCCGCUGCCGCCCCUGUACCGGCCCCUGGCCCCGGAGCUGCGGGCACGUCGGCUGGAGCUUGGCACCGAGCACGCGUUGCUGCUGGACGAGGCUGGCCAGGUGUACUCCUGGGGCGGGGGCAGGCAUGGACAGCUGGGCCACGGGACUCUGGAGGCAGAGCCGGAGCCCCGGCUGUUGGAGGCGCUGCAGGGGCUGCCCAUGGCUGAGGUGGCCGCCGGUGGCUGGCACUCCGUGUGUGUGAGCGAGACUGGGGACGUUUAUACCUGGGGCUGGAAUGAAUCGGGGCAGCUGGCCCUGCCCACCAGGAGCCUGGCGGAGGACAGAGAGACAGUCACGGGGGACACCACAGGACUGAGCGGACGUGGUCCUGGAGUGACGGGAACCGCCGGGGAUGAGGGCGGAGCCCCUGUCCCCUGCAUAGCCCUGCAGCCCUUCCCAGCGUUACUGGACCUCCCCCUGGGCUCGGAAGCGGUCAAGGCCAGUUGUGGGUCCCGGCACACAGCUGUGGUGACGAGAGCCGGGGAGCUGUACACCUGGGGCUGGGGUAAAUACGGACAGCUGGGCCACGGGGACACGACCAGCCGGGACUGGCCCUGCCGGGUGGAAUACUUUGUAGAUAAGCAGCUCCAGGCAGUGGCUGUGAGCUGCGGGCCCUGGAACACCUACGUGUAUGCAGUGCAGAGAGAGACGAGCUGAUGGCUGUGGACAGGCGCGAAAUGAGUGUGCAGUAAAAAUUCAUACAGCUCUCCGGCCAGCGCCCAACCCACUGAGCCCCACCAGCCAGGGCAGAGUUUGUCUGCUUCUCGUGCUUCUGCAGGAGUCCGCUAAUAGUGCGUCACUACUCCUCUUCUCCGGGGGGGUCACUUCCUAGGUUAUGUAAAUGUCUCACCAUUGUACUGUACACCUGUAACUAAUGAUUUCCAAUGUCAAAUACAACUGAAAUGUUUUUUAAAUGUAUAUUUUUUAAAAAUAUUAACUCUAUAUUUUAAAAUAAAAGGCCAGUUUCGCCCUAUAAAA